GGAGGGGAUGUUGCAUCCGUCACUCAAACCAUGCUGUUGUUUUGUUUAAUGUUCAAAGAAUGAGAAUGGUUCACACGACACUGAUAAGUAGAUGUGGUAUAAAAUGAGUGAGAUUUGAUUAGAUUUUUUAAUUUUCAUAUAUAUAAUUUGUCCGGCUCAGUCUCAGAGUAGAUUAGUCGGCAGAUUAUUCCUUUCCGGAAUUAAAUCGGUAUUUAAGUGAGUGUAGUGGAAUUUAUAUGUCGAUCAAAAUUCAAAAAUGGCACUUCUUGGAAACAGUUUCGUAUGCCUCUCGGACACAAACAGUACUCAAUUUGACGGUUCCUUCAAGGAAAUAGUUAAGGAAUUCGUACCAGGAUGGAUUUGUACUUUGGAAUACAUCCCAUGGUUAUGGGCCAUAUUUGGUUCCAUCCUUGUCGGACUCAGCGGAGUGUUGCCUCUCCUUGUCAUUCCAAUUGACCAAACUGACAAUCUAAAACAAGGAGGUGUCGUUAGAAUUGAUAACAUGCAUUUUUUAGGUGGACGCCACAGAUCCACUAGUGGUUUAUUAUUAUUAACUGGUCUCAUUGUGUUUGUGACUGCCGAAAAACUAUUCACUGUGAUAGAAAAAAUUGUAGAGAAAAAUGCAGUAACUACUCCUGAGAACAACAAUACCAAAGGCUUAAAGCCCCAAGAAUUCAAAAAAUCUGCCGUAAUUCUGUUUCCGUAUAACAACGAAACAUUUACCAUCCAUUUCAUUCUAGAGGCGAGAAGUUCCUGGAUUUUACCAUUCACUGCAGGGACGUUUCUUCAUAUCGCAUUGGUCACCGUUCUUCCUGACCUACUCAAAGAAGAAGACCCUAAGGAGUCCUUCAAACAACUAUUAGCUUUAAUAUUUGGAAUCAUUUUAAUGGCUACUAUUACAAAUGCCUUUGAAUAAGGAACAAAGAAGUGCUGUGUUGAUGAAGUUGCCAUAAAUUUUAUGAUAAUUCUUUAGUGAUAUAUUUUUUAAUGUAAAUAUGUAUUUUAACAGUAUUUUAUGUAAAGUUAAAAUAGCACGAGAUUUGAUAUUGAAGUGAUAGUCUCUGUAAUGUGAUUCAUUCUAAUAAAAUGUGAUUAUGAAAUGAAA